AUGCACUUUUCGGUAGCCCUACUCAUCAUUGCUCGCAGACAUUCUCUUUUUGAUCACCACGACCGUCUUCCCCUCGAAGCACUCGGCUCUAACCUGUGCUGCCCUUUUCAUUUCCUGCCUUAUGCCAUUUCAACGCUCAAAUUUCAACGUCGACUUCGUGCUUGUGCGGUAAAGUGGGGGUGUUUAGUAGAUGCAAGGAGCGGUCGAAGCGCUAUCUGCUAUCCAGCACUGUCGGCAGUUGUUAGAUGCUGGGUGUUCAGUGCAUGCGCACAACUGUGUUCUGUUCAGGGCAUCAGUCAUGAUGUUCCGCAGCGCAGACAUCGACCAACUUGAACGAGACUUCGUUCGAAAAUUAUUUCAGGGCAAUGUUUGCUCACUGCUGCGUGAAAUGAUGCUGGACUUCUGGCAACGAUACCCUGCAGGUCAACCUAUCCUUGUGUACAAAUUCGACGAAUUUCCUGCGAUUUUUGUAUGUGUGGAUUUGGAACAGUGCAGAGGAGACGGUAGGAUAAGUGAUUGGGGUUCAGCGAAACCCUUUGCUCUCAUAAAC